UAGAGAGUGAGUGAAGUAUAAGUAUAUUAUUAUUAUUAGUAGUGCUGUUGUAUAGAAGCGGACGAGUAUUGUAUGUAUUAUUAAUACAUUAGUUUUAAACUAAGAGUCAAAAUGUUGAGAUCGUGUGGAAAGGCCUUCAAAUCUCUGACCGCAUAUUCGCUACCCGUGUCGGGUGUCGUACCGACCACUCAACAUAUUAAUCAUAAACUCAUUCCCGCCGCCACUUCAUUAAAUCACAAGCGAUGGGCCGCAACUCAGACCAAAUCGACUGUAAAACCGGGAAGAAUUGUAGCCGUUAUCGGAGCCGUUGUGGACGUCCAGUUUGAUGAGGAACUGCCGCCGAUUUUGAACGCUCUGGAAGUGGUCGGUCGUAAACCGAGACUUGUCUUAGAGGUGGCCCAACAUUUGGGUGAAAAUACUGUAAGAACUAUUGCUAUGGACGGUACAGAAGGACUGGUUCGCGGAAAUGAAGUUCAGGACACAAACUCACCAAUUAGUAUACCUGUCGGACCCGAAACGUUAGGCCGUAUUAUGAAUGUCAUCGGAGAGCCAAUUGAUGAAAGAGGUCCCAUUGAGACCACUAAAUAUGCUGCCAUUCACGCCGAAGCUCCUGCAUUUGUGGACAUGAGUGUCGAGGCCGAGAUUCUGGUCACAGGAAUCAAAGUUGUCGACCUAUUGGCUCCAUAUUCAAAGGGAGGUAAAAUUGGUCUCUUUGGUGGUGCCGGUGUCGGCAAAACUGUAUUGAUUAUGGAGCUGAUUAACAACGUUGCCCGCGCUCACGGCGGCUAUUCUGUGUUUGCCGGUGUCGGUGAACGAACACGUGAGGGCAAUGACUUGUAUCACGAGAUGAUCACUGGUGGUGUCAUUAGUCUUAAGGACAAGUCAUCAAAGGUAGCCCUAGUCUACGGUCAAAUGAAUGAGCCUCCCGGUGCCCGCGCUCGYGUCGCUCUAACUGGUCUCACUGUUGCCGAAUAUUUCCGUGACCAGGAAGGACAAGAUGUGUUGCUUUUCAUUGACAACAUCUUCAGGUUUACUCAGGCAGGUUCUGAAGUGUCUGCCCUUUUGGGUCGUAUUCCUUCAGCCGUCGGUUAUCAGCCAACACUGGCCACAGAUAUGGGUUCUAUGCAGGAAAGAAUUACGACUACCAAAAAAGGUUCGAUUACAUCCGUACAGGCUAUCUAUGUGCCGGCCGAUGACUUGACAGAUCCGGCUCCCGCCACCACUUUCGCCCAUUUGGACGCCACCACUGUAUUGUCUCGAGGUAUCGCUGAGUUGGGUAUUUAUCCAGCUGUCGAUCCUCUUGACUCAACGUCUCGUAUUAUGGACCCUAACAUUGUUGGCAAUGAACACUAUAAUGUUGCCCGAGGUGUUCAAAAGAUUCUUCAGGAUUACAAAUCACUUCAAGAUAUUAUUGCCAUCUUAGGUAUGGACGAGUUGUCCGAAGACGACAAACUGACGGUWUCGAGGGCUCGUAAGAUCCAGAAAUUCCUAUCACAGCCUUUCCAAGUGGCCGAAGUGUUCACAGGUCACGCAGGAAAGUUCGUACCGUUAGACCAAACUAUUAAGGGAUUCAAAGCCAUUCUUAAUGGAGAAUACGAUCACUUGCCUGAAGUAGCAUUUUAUAUGGUCGGACCCAUCGAAGAAGUGGUAGAAAAAGCUGAAAAAUUAGCUAAAGAACUAUAAAAAUUAAAACACAUUUUAUUAAUUUUUAAUUUUAUUUUCCAAUCAAUGCUUUGUUUGGUUCAAAAACAUAAUUAUUAAAAUUAAAAUUUAGGUUUUGUUUUAUUAAAUCGUAUAUUAAUUGU